UUCUUCUUUCAAGAGAGAGGAACCUAGCGACAUUGUUCGGGGCGGAUCCGCCUUUUCCGAAGCGAUCUAGGAUCGAGGCUGCGCGGACGGUCGUGUGAGCUUGGACCGUGUCGCGUGGAGACUUGAUCUCUUGCCUCCGACCGCCAUCAGCCUUGCCACUCAUCGCUCGUCCGCUGACCAUGGCAUCCACAGCCACACAAGCCAGCACCCCUCCGACUACUCUCGGCGAUGCCGUGGCAUCUGGCGAGCGUAUACUGCGCGAGAUGACGAUCACACUGCAGGAUGUCGUCCCGCCUCAUGUCAAUUCCAGCGACAGGAACGUCAAGCACUUCUACGUUCAAGCGAGCCCGACAUAUCUACUCGGAUACUUGAUGACACCGAGGAUACUUUACGAGAUCGACAAGAGAAACGGGAAGGCAGAAGCGACUAUGAAGGCUACUCUCGACAAGUUCCUCGCAUACGUGAAGGGACGCGGUGGGAUCACAUGGGGACAUGGACUAGAGAGGAGAUCUCUGGGAGGAGAGGAAAGGUGGUUGUUCUGGAUGUUGAGGUCGGAGUGCAAGGAGGAUAUCUACACCGCGAAGUUUGAGCUCGUAGAGGGAUUCCGGAGACUUCUGGGCGCUGGCGCAGAUCCCGCUCUUAUCAUUUACAAACACCCUAAGCACUAUAUAUGCUGACGGCGUGUCGCUGUCCUGGGAUUGGGUGACCAAUCCCAGGGACAACGCUCCGCCUAUGCAGCGAAGGUUCGUGCUCCGCGCGUUGCUUGGAUGUCGAAGGGAGUUGUCACACGCAACUGUCCUAUACCUGCGUACGAAAGAUACCUUUUCCAUGCCCACUCGAACCUGUGGAGCUUGGGCUGCAGUGCCCCAGUCUGUUCGCCACUCACUGGCAAGAGAUUGUCUUGGGCGCGCGCGCAGGCCGACGCCUGUCGACAUUCGAGCACGAGAAAUGGACCAACUUCGCCCUGUUCUCCGACGCACAAGCC